CUAGUACUUCACUCCACCGUCACACGGCGCAGGUUCCUCCUGAAGCGCCCACCUCGCCCCGCCUGAAUCCACCUCCGGUGCGCCCGCCAUGUCGUCGCCGUCGCUGCCCACCGCGCGCCUCCCGCUGCGUCCGUCCCCUGCCGCGGCGACAGCGCCGCUCUCCCGCCGGGGCGCGCCCGCCCGCUCCCUCGCGGCAUCCCCCGCCCCCGCCGUCGCCCUCAAGCCCCUCGUCUCCAAGGCGCCCGCGUCCGGCUCCUACCGCUCCGCGCUCCUCCUCCACCGCCGCCGCCGCUAUGCUCUGCCCGAGACCGCCGUCCCCGAGGCGGCCCCCAUGGUCACCAAGGAGUACCAGGACUGGGACUCCCUGACGGGCAAGUUCGCCGGCAGCGCCAACGUGCCCUUCCUCCUCCUCCAGCUCCCGCAGAUCAUCCUCAACUACCGCAACCUCGUCGACGGCAACAAGACCGCCCUCUACGCCGUCCCAUGGCUCGGGAUGCUCACCGGGCUGCUCGGCAACCUGGCGCUCGUGUCCUACUUCGCCAAGAAGAGGGAGACGGAGGCUGUCAUCGUGCAGACGCUGGGCGUUAUCUCCACCUACGUGGUCAUCCUCCAGCUUGCCAUGGCGGAGUCCAUGCCCUUCCCGCAGUUCGUGGCCACUUCGGCUGUUGUCGGCGCCGGGCUUGUCCUCAACCUGCUCAAUUACAUUGGGUGGCUCCCAGAGACCCUCUGGCUGCUAUGGGAGGAUUUCACGACAGUCGGCGGCCUUACCGUGCUCCCUCAGGUCAUGUGGUCAACGUUUGUUCCCGUCAUCCCCAGUAGCAUACUGCCUGGCAUAAUCUGUGGCUCUUUGGCUGUUGCUGCUGUUGCCAUGGCAAGGAUGGGCAAGCUUUCCGAAGGAGGAACGAAAUUUGUGGGGUCGUUGUCUGGUUGGACUGCCACACUUUUGUUCAUGUGGAUGCCAGUUGCACAGAUGUGGACAAACUAUCUCAACCCGAGUAACAUCGAAGGGCUGUCAGCGUUCUCAAUGUUGCUUUCAAUGAUUGGAAAUGCACUUAUGAUUCCUCGUUCUGUAUUUAUCAGAGAUCUGAUGUGGUUCACCGGUUCUAUUUGGGCAUGUGCCCUACAAGGUUGGGGCAACCUGGCCUGCAUGUACUGCUGCAACAGCAUCAGCAGAGAAUUUUUCCUCGCGACGACAUUUGGGUUGCUUCUGUGGCUAGGUUUCACCUUCGGGAGAGACACCGAGGCCUUCGGCAACAGCUCCCCCAUGGACACUCUGAAGGAGCUGAUCUGCGGGAAGUGACGAGCAUCAUCAGCAAGCAGUUCAAAGCAGCCGACCGUUCCGGGGUGGGUAGUAGGAACCAGGGAAGCACUCCUGCAAUAAUUUUCUGGUGACCGGCGAGGAAGAACGAACCGGGCCGUGGUAAAAAUCUUGGUAGGCAUAGCAUAUUAUAGAGGUUAAAAUUAAGAAGCGCACGCCGUGGCCGACAGUCCUCCGGCCGUGGUGAACGCUGAGGCGAGAGUCCCACCGACCACCGCAGCUUGCAGAAAGCGCCGUGGGAGUUCACGUGGCAGCAGAAGCUACCGUGUGGCGUGACCACCACCGGCACUGGCCAGCUCGCUUGCGCAUCCGGCAGAAAGGGUACAUACAGUGGAGCAGUAGCAGCAGAUCUGUUCUAUUCGUUGUAAGAAAAAUAAAUAAAAGUUUGCAUUUCUUCUCACCUUGAAUAAAGCUUACCGGCUGCUCAUGCAGGCAUGCAAAUAUAUAGUAUACGGAACAAUUACAUCUUGACUUUGCAUUCUUCAACUCUGUACUCGCAAGCAUUGGGUCAUUUAUUUUUUCAGACUCCUGGUGACGAGCAA